GCCCGAACAGCGCACGCGGUUUUCGGCCUUAGGAAACGAGGUUGAUGACCUGACUAAAGCGCGGGAUCCACAACCCCGUCCCAGGGUUACAUGACGACCACCCAUCUUGCCUACCGUCCCGAGCGCCCCACGAGGGCUCUGCUCCACCCAGGCGGCCCCCCAGGACGCUCCCGCCUCGCUCCGGUGAUUGACAGGCGGAGCGGCUGGGGAGCGCGCAGGCGUAGUAGCUCCAGCUGCGCUUCCGGGACCCGGCGGUGGGACUCUUUUGGCGCCGGCAGCGGCGCGAGCGGGGACGGCGGCCGGGAGGGAGGGCGCGGCCCGCGUUCCGCGUUCUGGGCCCGGCCGGAGCCAUGCGCUACAACGAAAAGGAGCUACAGGCGCUGUCCCGGCAGCCGGCCGAGAUGGCAGCCGAGCUGGGCAUGCGGGGCCCCAAGAAGGGCAGCGUGGUGAAGCGGCGGCUGGUGAAGCUGGUGGUCAACUUCCUCUUCUACUUCCGGACGGACGAGGCGGAGCCCGUCGGAGCCCUGCUGCUGGAGCACUGCAGAGUCACCCAGGAAGAGCCCAGCGGCUUCGCCAUCAGCUUCCUGGAGGACUCGGAGAGGAAGUAUCGCUUUGAGUGCUGCAGUGAGGAGCAGUGUCAGGAGUGGGUGACCGCGCUGCGCCGGGCCAGCUACGAGUUCCUGCGGAGGAGUCUCAUCUUCUACAGGAACGAGAUCCAGAAGGUGACCGGCAAGGACCCCCUGGAGCAGUUCGGCAUCUCGGAGGAGGCCAGGUUCCAGCUGAGCGGCCUGAAGGCAUGAGCCCAGGGUGGGGCUCCGGAGCGUCCCCGCUGGGGCUGCAGGAGUCCUCCCCACCCUCCCUGGGCCCCCCGUCUUGCCGCCAAGCCUGGAUUUGCGAUGGGCGGCGUCCUGGUUUAAAGACUUCAAAAGCCCCAAGGUGGGCAAGGGCUGCCUUUUUUGAGAAACCACCCAGCAGGUUCCCUCUGGAUGCACUGGGAGCCACUGGGCUGGUGCGGCACCUCAGUGCCACAUGCUGCCAGGGGACGGGUGACCCCUCCCAGAAGCUGUGCCCGGCCCCUCGGGUGCGUCCAUCCAGGCUUGGCCGGCGCCCGAGGCUGGUGCACCCCUCCUGCCGUGUGCAGGCUGAAUGUAUGAAGUUAGGUGAUGCUGUGAAGGGCGUGGGGCCGCUGUGAAUUCUGCGGAAGGGGCAGGCCCUGGUCCGACGCCUCUGGGCAGAGCUGGAAGGUCCACCCUUUGGGUGGCCGGUUUGUUCUGUUCAAAUAAAGGUACCUCUUUUCUGCAUGGGACAGCGGUACAGUGAAUGCAGAGAGGGACCUUUGUCCUCAGCAGGCCGCCGGUCCUGCGUCAGGACAGCCGCUUCUGAGGGAAGUGAGGCCCUGCCCAGGUUCAAGGUUGAGGUGCCUGGAAGGAACGGGGGAGGAGACUUAGAACCCAGAGCCAGGAAAGGCAGGGAGGCUGGGGCCCGGCCCACAGGGCCUCUGGUGCUCACAGGCCUCCCUCUGAGUGUGGCGGGCAGGAACUCGGGAAGAGUUUUGUUGGUGUUAAAAGUCCUCAAGUAGGUGGUUUUAGUUCAUCAAAAAGGAGGCUGCCCUAGGUGGGCCUGACCUAGUCAGGCGUCGGCCCUCAAGGAGGGGCUGGGCCUCCCUGAGGCAGGGGCUCACCGUCUGCCACCGCCACGGUACCUGCCUUCAGCAGCAGGUGGGCUUCUGCUGGGAGUGGCUGUCCUUCCUGUGUGAGGAUGGUGAGCGCGGCCCAGGGCCCUCUGCGCUCCGGGCAGGGCCUUGCUGUGUCAUAACCAGGAAGAAACACUGCCACCAGACCAGGUUCAAGUGAAAACAGGUAUUUUAUUACAGCGUCUAGAGGUGGAAACGCAGUGCAGUGGGGUUCCCUUGGGAAGAGGGGGGAGCCAGCGCCCCAACGGAUACACAGGCUACCGGAACGACAAAGCAAAGCCCGUCUGCGUUACAAACCAAGGCGGGGACGCGAGCGCCAGCGUGGGUGGACGCGCGAGUGAGAACAGUCCUACUGUGGACGGCCGGCCGGCGGGAUAAAUAAGGGCGGGGAGUCUUAAAUAGUAGCUGACCGGAGGGCUGCGUCCCCGGGCCGGAGGGCAUCCUUAGCUGUUAGGUUUUCCUGAGCAAAGUGACGGCAGCCGCCAGCCUCUGGGAGCACCCACGUCAGCAGCAGCGGCAGGGCUCCCAGGGGACCGCUCCCUGCACCCGCCACCCAUGUGCCCCCUCCUGCGGCCAGUGGGGCUCAGGCCUGGGGGCUGAGACCGGAGGGUGGGUGUGGAGAGGCCGGGCCGGGCCCCGCUCUGGGGCAGGCCGUGUGUGUGGCCGUCUGUCCCGGGGUGUGCGCGUGUGUGUGGGGAGGGCAGAUGCAGCACGGUGGUCUCCCCCAACGUGAUGCAGUGUUCGUGUACAGUGUCAUUUGUGCAGACGGGGGCUCCUCUGGCAGCCCUGCAGCCUUCUCGGGAGCCCUGCGCUCCUGACUUGGGGAGGGGAGCCUCUUGGAGAGGGUGGGGGCCAGGACAGCACCAUCGUGCCCGGAGCACCGACCUGGGGUGUGGGGGGGGUGGUCACAGGAGGAGGGCUCGUGUCUAGCCUGACUCCUGGCCUGCAUGGCGUAGAGGCAGCCACAGGCAGGACGCUGUCCUGCUCUGACCCUUGUGGCCUGUGUCUCAGAGGGCCCGCCCCAGGGAUCAGGAAGCAGGGGCAGGGUCCCAGCCACCCCACUGACCCUCGCAGGCAGGCAGAGGGCCCCUGGCGGCCACGUGUGGAGGAGUCGGUCGUGUUGGCCAGGCUGGGGAAGGCUCGCGUCAGCCCGUGCCCCAUGCUCCUUGGCGGGUGCCACCCGGGGAGCAAGCACCUGAGGACGGAGCUCUGCCUGCCUGCGCCCAGCCCG